UCCCGGAUUACAGUUAUGGGAGCAGCAGAGGCGUCAAUUAGGCGAUGUACUCAAAGUUUAGCGCUCGUGUCCUCCCCGGUCACCGUCCUCCUGUCUGCUGCUGUUUAAAUUUAGUCCCCGGCUUUGUAGGCCUCAGCGGAGAAUGAGGAUUAUAUAAAAGAACCUAGAGACGUUUGCAAAACCAGACAAAAUGCAGCAUUUGCUGGCGAGGAGGCCAUAUUUGUCUUGUGCUUGGAGGGUCAAAUACUUGAGAUGUUACAAAAGCACAAUGACCUCACAUUUACCGAAAGAAGACCACACAACGGACACUCCGCAGAGACGUCUGAACCCACUCAAUAUACAGAUGCUUUCUAAAGGACUCCAUGAACAAAUAUUCAGAGGUGCACAAGCAGAGUACGUAGAAGAAGAAAUUCAAAAGAGCAUAGACCAUUUGAGGAAUCAUGAACUUUGGGGUCAAGAGACAUCUACUCUUCAAGAUGUGAAUUUAAAGCUUCCUAAGAUGUAUGGCAGUAACAUUGAAGAACAUUUCCAAAUUCUAGCUCAGAAGCAAAGUUUUCCGUAUCUCGAGGCGGCCAAUGACCUCUUGCAGUGCAGACUUCCGGACAUGCCUCAAGAAUGGGCCUGGCAAACUGGGUGGACCAAGUACACUAGAGAUGGUGGGAAGGAGCAAGUUGACUUCCCAGAUGAACGAGCUUUGGUGUUUGAUGUGGAAGUAUGCAUGUCUGAGGGACAGUGCCCAACACUGGCUGUGGCUGUUUCUCCCCAGCACUGGUAUUCAUGGUGCAGCAGGCGGCUAAUAGAAGAGCGGUACACGUGGUCUAACCAGAUGUCUCUGGCUGAUCUUAUUCCCCUUGAGACUUUUGUAAAGUCAAAUGCAUUGAACAAACCCAACUGGACGGAGAGACUAGUGGUGGGACACAACGUCAGCUUUGAUAGAGCACACAUUAAGGAACAGUAUCUCUUAAAAGGCUCAAAAAUGCGUUUUAUGGACACCAUGAGCAUGCACAUGGCUGUUUCCGGCCUUACUGGAUUCCAACGCAGCUUAUGGAUGGCCAGUAAAUACGGAAGGAAGAAAGGCCUGCAGGAAGUUAAGCAGCACAUCAUGAAGACACGCAACAAGGGUGAAGGUCCUGCCAUAACUUCAUGGGAGUGGGUAAAUAUUAGCAGCAUUAAUAAUCUUGCUGAUGUCCAUGCACUCUAUGUCGGAGGCCCCCCUUUGGAAAAGGAGGCGCGGGACCUGUUUGUAAAAGGAAGUAUGGCAGAUAUCCGAGCUCAGUUCCAGGAUCUUAUUCAAUACUGCGCUCUUGAUGUCAAAGCCACUUUUGAGGUGUUUCAAGAGACAUUUCCACUCUUCAUGGAAAGGUGCCCUCACCCUGUGACCCUAGCUGGGAUGCUAGAAAUGGGUGUUUCCUACCUACCAGUGAACCAAAACUGGGAGAAGUAUCUAGAUGAAGCUCAAAUCACAUAUGAGGAGCUGCAGAAAGAGAUGAAGAAGUCUCUCAUGAACCUGGCAAACAAUGCCUGUCAGCUGCUGUUUGAUGAUAGAUACAAAACUGAUCCUUGGCUUUGGGAUUUAGAGUGGGAUGUUCAAGAAUUCAAGCAAAAGAAAGUAAAAACUGGCAAAAAGAAAGAUCUUAAAACCGCAUCAGAAUGUAACACACGGAGCCAAGAUGUCACAGAGCCACAUGAAGAUUCUGGACCUCCCAGUGAAGAAGAGGAAUCUCAGCCUUUCCCUGGUAAACUUUACUUGGAUAGUAUCAUAGAGAAAACUUUACCAUAUUUGCCUAAAAGAACCCAACAUAUGCCUGGACAUCCUGGAUGGUAUCGUAAGCUUUGCCCGAGACUAAAUGAUCCUGAUUGGAUUCCUGGUCCAAGCCUUAUCAGCCUUCAGAUGAGAAUAACUCCUAAACUAAUGCGUUUGACUUGGGAUGGCUUUCCACUGCACUUCUGUGACAAGCAUGGUUGGGGAUACCUGGUUCCAGGACGGAAGGACAAUCUUGUGGCCAAUCGAGUAGAAGAUGAUGACUGUGAUGUUAAUAAUAACUGCCCUUACAAAUCAAUUGAAAAAGUUUACAUUGACUCUUGUAAAAAUAAAGCAAACAAGAUCUCGGAGGAUAAAGACUCAAAUGUACAGGACAGUUUCAUGCUCACUGAAGACAGCAGUAUCUGGCUAAAGGUAGAAGAACUCAGUCGACUGGAGAAUGAUACAAGCCUCGAAGAAUCAACCAAAUCAACUUCAAGGAAGAAGAACAAAAGUAAACUGGAGCACCCUGCUGAAUCACUUCCAGAGUUUGAAAACUCGGCAUCUCAUCACUAUGGAAAUGGCCCUUGCAGCGAUGUGAAUGUUUCAGGCUGCUGGUUCUACCGUUUGCCGCAUAAAGACGGCACUGCCAAUAAUGUGGGUAGUCCAUUUGCAAAAGAUUUUCUUCCAAAGAUGGAAGAUGGAACAUUACAGGCCAGUACUGGAGGCAACAGCGCCACACGUGCGUUAGAAAUUAACAAGAUGAUCUCAUUCUGGAGGAACGCGCACAAACGCAUCAGUUCUCAGAAGGUCGUGUGGCUGAAGAAAGGGGAGCUGCCACGCGCAGUCACCAGGAAUCCUGAUUUCGAUGAAGAACAUAAGUAUGGAGCUAUUGUUCCUCAGGUGAUCUCCGCUGGAACCAUCACACGUAGAGCAGUGGAGCCAACCUGGCUGACCGCCAGUAAUGCACGUACUGACCGCAUUGGCAGUGAACUGAAGGCUAUGAUUCAAACACCUCCAGGAUAUCAUAUGAUUGGCGCAGAUGUAGAUUCCCAGGAGCUCUGGAUAGCUGCAAUCCUCGGAGAAGCCCACUUUGCUGGUAUUCAUGGCUGUACGGCCUUUGGCUGGAUGACAUUACAGGGUAAGAAGAGCAGUGGCACUGACUUGCACAGUAAGACAGCCUCCACGGUGGGAAUAAGUAGAGAGCAUGCAAAAGUCUUCAAUUACGGUCGCAUCUAUGGAGCAGGACAGCCUUUUGCAGAGCGGCUGCUAAUGCAGUUUAAUCAUCGACUGACUCAAGAACAGGCGUCAGAAAAAGCUAAGCAGAUGUAUGCUGUGACAAAGGGAGUCAGGAGGUAUAUCUUGUCUGAGGAUGCAGAAUGGCUGGUAGAACAGCUUGGAAUUGCUGUUGAGAGAGGAGAAGAGAACUCUGUGAGCUUGGAGGAUGUAAGAAAGAUUCAAAAACACGCAUCAACCAACUCUAGGAGGAAAUGGAACUUGAUAAGUCGGAAGAUUUGGACUGGAGGUACAGAGUCACAGAUGUUUAACAAGCUGGAGAGCAUAGCUAUGAGUCCUUCCCCGAGUACUCCUGUCCUUGGAUGUCACAUCAGCAGAGCGCUGGAACCUGCAGCUGUCAAAGGAGAGUUUAUAACCAGUAGAGUAAACUGGGUUGUACAGAGUUCGGCUGUUGACUAUCUUCAUCUUAUGCUAGUAGCCAUGAAGUGGCUUUUUGAGGAGUACGACAUCGAUGGGCGUUUCUGCAUUAGUAUCCAUGAUGAAGUUCGCUAUUUAGUAUGUAGUGAGGACAGAUACCGUGCAGCAUUAGCUCUCCAGAUCACAAAUCUGCUAACAAGAUGCAUGUUUGCCUACAAGUUGGGGAUGCAGGAUUUGCCCCAAUCAGUGGCUUUUUUCAGUGCAGUAGAUAUUGAUCAGUGUCUGAGAAAAGAAGUGAACAUGGACUGCAAAACUCCAUCAAACCCAACUGGCUUGGAGCAAAGAUAUGGCAUUCACCCAGGUGAAGCCUUGGAUAUCUAUGAAUUACUUAAAGUAACCAAUGGUGUUUUGGAGAAAGGGAGUUGACCCAUCUGUAUCUGCAAAUCAGACAUGUCUGCAUCCAACUCCCAUGGAGUUUCUAUGUAUUCAUAAUAAAAG